ACCAAGCACAGCGACAGCAACAGCAGCAGCAGCAGCAACAGCAGCACCAGCACCAACCACAACAGUCACAGUACUACAGAGGAAAUAAUCAGUCAGAUUCUGUUGGACCGCUUUGGGCAGCAGGGUGGCAAAAAGAAACAUCUGAGUGAGCUGGUUAUUUUGGAAAACUCUGACAAUGCAAUCUGUAUCAUUAAUGACACGGCUCAGUUUAAUAAAGUGACUGCAGAUUAUAAGUUCAUGGUUCUGCCUGAUCAUCGCUGGAGGUGUGAAGACUUAGAAGGGCAGUAUGUUGCAGCAGGAAUCGGGCCAAAGAAAAUAGUCAAGCACAUUGCAGCAGUUGAGGCUUUAGCCACUUUGAGACAGACGCAGGCUGUGGUCAAAUCAAACCUAAGAAAGGAGGGUCACAGCGACGCCAUAUCCCGCUCUCAGAUCCUGGCCCGCUCCGGUGAGGAGGCCAUAAAACAGGAGAUUAAGGAAGACAACAUCGGAAACCAGCUGCUACGCAAGAUGGGCUGGAAGGGAGGUGGUCUGGGCCGAGACGGGGAAGGAAUCGCAGAACCAAUCAGAGUGAAGGAGCAGUUCUCGAGAGAAGGUUUGGGUAUGGACACGGACAAAACUGGAAAUCAGCUCAGCAAGCGCGACAUUGAGGACAUCAUUCGUAACUAUGCCAGUUCAGACCGCCAGGACGACCUUCGCUUCUCCACUGACCUCACCAACGACGAGCGCAAGCAGAUCCACCAGAUAUCUCAGAAAUAUGGCCUGCGAAGCAAGUCGUACGGACAGGGACGACAACGGUUCCUUGUUGUCAGUCGGAAAGUCCACAAAGACCAGCUCAUUGGUCAGCUUUUACAGGAAGGACAGGUGGGACGAUAUGAGCUUGUGAAACCUCAGGCCUCUCACUAGUUUGCAUGCAGAGAAAAAUGAACAAAUCGCCAUCGGCUUGGACUUCAAAGCAAACCACACUCAAGUGUACCUGCUGUGUUUCUACUUGUGUGUGACAAAUUUGCAGCACACACUAAUAAAUGAGAAUCUCUCUCAUGCCACUUGUGGUUUCUGCAUUCCUUCACCAUAAAAUGUACUUUAGCAGGGGCUGAAGGAUGAGUAAUUUGUCUCUUGUGUCUCCUGCCAUUCCACACGUCUGAGCUUGUGGUCAGUGCUUUGUGGUAUCAUGUCCUGAUGAUGCUCCAGUUAGUUCACCUAUUUUCAAUAUCAGAAAAAAUGACUGAAGUUUUUGUUAUCAGAAUCCACUUUUGUUUCGUUACUGUUUAAGGAACCUGGCAGAAUAUGCAGCUUUCCACUGCUUGUUUAUGAACAUUGUAGACGGUUGACUCAUGAGAGACGAGGAUUAGUGAGGCAAUAACAUCAAACUGUAGGCGAGGUGUUCAUACCAGUCUCACUGUAGUGAUUUAUCUGUAUUCAGCAAUACCUGCGAUGUCGUCGUGCCGUUUCAACACCUGGGCAUCAUUCUACAAGUACAAACUGCAUCCAAGAUCAGAAAAUCUUCACAUGGGAACUGUAAGCUGUGAUCUUUGUUCAAUGUCAGAUGUAUUGGUUUAUGUGAGUACAGUUAACGUGUCUGCUUGUUUUCACAGCUGUAAUUACUGAAUAAAUUAAAAACUGACAACCAUCAACAAGCUGAA